UCUUUCACAAAAACAAAUAUGUCUGAUAUGAAGUAUCAAAAUAAAUGGCAGAAAACAAUUUUUAAUUACUUUUCGUAGCUGUUAGGUUUAUUUUUUGUUUAAGUUACAAUUUUGUGAUAUACAUAUGACUGAAAUGAAUGAAGAAAGUAUAAUUAAGAUGAAGCAUUCGAUUCCUUUGGAUAUUUUAAGUGAUCUUUUAACGAGGUUUUUAAUACACGUUCCGCCCGAGUCGAAGCAAAACCUGAUCAGGAUAUGCUUUCAAAUUGAAUUGGCACAUUGGUAUUAUUUAGAUUUUUAUGUGGCUAACGACAGUACCUUGAAAGGUUGCAGUAUUACUGAAUUUGCGACUCACGUAUUUCAGCAUAUCCCUUCACUGCAACCGUAUUGCGAUAAGUUAAACGAAAUAAUGGACGAAUGGAGAGUGUACAAACAAUCUGUUCCAACCUAUGGUGCUAUUUUACUGUCAGAAGAUUUAUCGCACGUUCUGCUUGUACAAAGUUAUUUUGCUAAAUCGUCGUGGGGAUUUCCCAAAGGAAAAGUAAAUGAAGAGGAAGAUGCCACACACUGUGCCAUCCGUGAGGUUUUUGAAGAGACAGGUUUCGAUAUAACAAACUAUAUAGAUCCUAAUUUGUUCCUGGAGUCUAUAAUCCACGAACAGUUAGUCCGUUUAUACGUAAUUAUGGGUAUACCAAUGGACACGAAAUUUCAGCCAAAGACACGAAAUGAAAUUAAAGCGUGUGAGUGGUUUUCUAUUACCAAUUUGCCGAACAAUAAAAAGGAUGCCACUCCGAAGACGAAAGUUGGUAUAAAUCGUAAUGCUUUCUUUAUGGUAUGGCCGUUUAUAAAGAGAAUCAAAGCUAUAUCUCAAAGCAAUAUGAAACCAAAACGAAAUCGGCAAAAAUCAAACAGUACGAGUGAAGGUGAGAGUAGUACAAAGAACAAAAUUAACCAAAAAUUAGAUACUGACGAUAUGAAGUUCAUAAAGAGAUCUAAAGAACGGAAAAGCUCUCAUUCCAAAAGGCAACUGUUUAACACUGAUGAUAAGGUAGAAUUUAGCGCACCCUCUUGGUUGAAUUUUAAGUUUGAUAAAACCGCUAUUAUGGAGUGUAUUCCAUAAUUUUAAUUGAAGACUUGCUUGGCAACCGUAUUCUGCGUAUUACUGUCAAAGUAAAAAUAUUUUUAAUUUGUUGUAGCAAAUGAUUUUAUUCCUUGUUUUGUAAUAAUAUAUUGCUUUAGUUUAUAUUUUUUAGUUUACAAAAAUUUGAAAGUAUUGUAUUUUUUGGUUUGAAAAGAUAGUUCACGAGGUUUGAACUAAUAAGUACUAAAUUUUUAUUUCAGUGGAUCGUUUGUUACUACGUGCA